UGUGAGCAGUGAGCCGUGUUUCAAAGUCCCUCGGUGAAAGACGAGACGCUCAGUGCAAUAGUCUAUGUAGGAUUUUUGAGAGUGCCGGACAAAGGCAAGAUGGUACACCACUCGAGAUCCAUUCAAUCCUUCAGGCAACAAAAGGGAAUGAACACAAGUAUUAGUGGCAUCAUCCACGAGCAGCCAUUGACCCCGUCCAGAAGAAGCUUGCCUUGUUUGGCUCAGAGUCAAACACUCCCGAUCAACCUGAACAAACAGCCUUUACAGCAACCAUCCAAUCAGAAACAGACGUUGAGUGCAGAGCCAUCUUCCACAAGUGUGUGUUGUGAGAAAGACAUAGUUCCAGACCCUGUCCCAGAUGAGUGUGUUUUGGGAUAUAAUUCCUGUCAACAGUGCCAUUCCAGUAUUUCACCACAAGGGCCUCUCAAUGACUGUGUUGCUUGCUUAGAUGAAGUGAAGGAGUGGAGCGCCAUAGAGUCUGAACAAAGAACGUACGAUUCUCGGAGUGAUCAUGACUUCCUCAUUCAAAACACAUUAAAUCGUCAGUUAUCAGAAACUCAGGAUGAAGAGCAAGUGGAUGACAAAUGCUCAGAGAUGUCAUUUGGUCUUUACUUCAAAGAUGGGAAGAAACGGAUUGACUACAUUUUGGUCUAUAAGAUAUCAAGUAUACAGGUAGAGAAGAGGAACACCUUCGAAAGAAACCUGCGUGCAGAAGGACUGCAGCUGGAAAGAGAGCAAUCACUCACAAAUAGCGACAUAAUGUUUGUGAAACUCCACGCUCCUUGGGAAACGAUUUGUAAAUACGCAGAAAGAAUGAACAUCCACAUGCCUUUUAGGAAAAAAUGUUAUUACACUGAUUGGAAGAACAAAGUGCUGAGCAGUGUUCAGAGGAACCUACGACAGCUGAAGAGUUGGUUGCCCAGAAACCCAAUGAAACUCGAUAAAGAGGCUCUACCAGAUCUGGAAGAGACUGAUUGCUACACUGCACCAUUCAGCAGAGCACGCAUGCAUCACUUUACCAUAAACAACAAAGACACAUUUUUCAGUAACUCAACAAGGAGCAGGAUCGUGCAUCACAUGUUACAAAGGACAAAAUAUGAAGAUGGAAAAUCCAAAAUGGGUUUGAAUAGGUUACUGAGCAAUGGAACAUAUGACGCUGCCUUUCCUCCACAUGAGGGAAGCUAUAAGAGCAACCAUCCAAUCAAAACACAUGGUGCACUUAAUCACAGGCACUUACUGUAUGAGCGUUGGGCUCGAUGGGGAAUGUGGUACAAGUACCAGCCAUUAGACCUUAUCAGACGAUACUUUGGUGAGAAGAUUGGCUUAUAUUUUGCAUGGUUGGGAUGGUAUACUGGAAUGCUUAUUCCUGCUGCCCUGGUCGGCUUGUUGGUAUUUCUUUAUGGAUUAUUUACAGCUGAGUCCAGCCAAGUCAGUAGGGAGAUCUGUGAAGCCAAUGACACACGUAUGUGCCCAAUGUGUGAACGUAACUGUUCUUACUGGAUGCUGAAUGAAAGCUGUGUCUAUGCCAAGCUGACAUAUUUAUUUGAUAAUGGAGGCACAGUCUUCUUUGCCAUUUUUAUGGCUAUCUGGGCCACAGUGUUUUUGGAAUUCUGGAAAAGGCGUCGAGCAGUUCUCACUUAUGACUGGGACCUAAUUGACUGGGAGGAGGAAGAGGAAGAACUCCGCCCUCAGUUUGAAGCAAAAUAUUCCAAAAAGGAACGUGUGAACCCCAUCACAGGAAAGCCGGAACCAUUCCAACCAUUUUUUGAUAAACUCAGUCGCCUCCUGGUGUCUGUCUCAGGAAUUUUCUUUAUGAUUCUGCUUGUGCUGGCGGCAGUCUUUGGUGUGGUGGUGUAUCGCCUUGUGACGAUGGAGAUAUUCUCUACUUUCCAGUGGGAUUUUGUGAAGAAGCACUGGCAGUUUGUCACAGCAGGAACUGGCGUCUGCAUCAACUUCAUCAUCAUCAUGUCUUUAAACGUGGUUUAUGAAAAGGUUGCGUAUCUGCUGACAAAUUGGGAACAUCCCCGCACAGAGUCUGAAUGGGAGAAUAGCUUUGCUCUAAAAAUGUUUCUCUUCCAAUUUGUCAACCUUAAUAGUUCUAUCUUCUACAUUGCUUUCUUCCUUGGCAGAUUUGCAGGUCGGCCAGGUGCUUAUGCCAAGCUGUUUAAGAGAUGGAGGCUGGAAGAGUGUCAUCCCAGUGGCUGUUUGAUUGACCUGUGCAUGCAGAUGGGCAUCAUCAUGGUCCUGAAGCAAAUGUGGAAUAACUUUAUGGAGCUUGGCUACCCACUGUUGCAGAAUUGGUGGUCACGUCGGAAAGUGAAGAAAGCAGGUCACAACGUGGAGAAUAAAGUAUAUCUACCUCAGUGGGAAAAGGAUUGGAAUCUACAGCCCAUGAACAUUCAUGGCUUAAUAGAUGAAUACCUAGAAAUGGUUUUACAGUUUGGCUUCACAACAAUAUUUGUUGCUGCCUUCCCAUUGGCUCCACUCCUUGCUCUCCUAAAUAACAUUAUUGAAAUAAGGCUGGAUGCUUACAAAUUUGUCACACAGUGGAGACGGCCUCUACCUGCAAGAGCGACAGAUAUAGGUAAUCCAAUCAGAUCCUUUGAUGGAAUCUGGUAUGGGAUCUUGGAAGGAAUUGGAGUACUUGCUGUGAUCACGAACGCUUUUGUGAUUGCCAUAACUUCGGAUUACAUUCCUCGCCUUGUCUACGCAUUCAAAUACGGUCCGUGUGCCGACCAGGGAUAUGUGCAGGAAAAAUGCUUGAGAGGCUAUGUAAACGGCAGUCUGUCCUUCUUCAACAUGAGUGACUUUGGCACAGCAGAUAAAGGCUACUGCAGGUAUAGAGACUACAGAGCUCCACCAUGGGAUCGCAAUCGAUAUGAGUUCACAUUACAGUUCUGGCAUGUUCUAGCUGCACGUUUGGCUUUCAUCAUCGUGUUUGAGCACUUGGUGUUUGGCAUCAAAUCUUUCAUAGCCUACCUAAUCCCGGAUAUGCCCAAAGACCUCUGUGACCGGAUGAGGCGGGAAAAGUACCUGGUUCAAGAAAUGAUGUAUGAGGCAGAAUUGGAACAUCUGCAGAGGGAACGGAAGAAGAAUGGGAAGAGAUAUCACCAUGAAUGGCCUUAGUGCAAACAAUGAGAUUAAUCAAUGGACACUCCAGAGGAACUGCACAUCAGUAGAGGAUGGAGAUGCCAGCUAUGCUGCACAAGCUCUUGCAAGUUUUAUACACAUAUAGACAUAACUUUUUAAUAUAAUUAUAAACUCCUCAAAAUGCAUGACUUCAAGAGAAUAGGAGAAAGGAGUGGAAUUCUUUGUCUGUCCUUUGGAUUCCAGAUUUGUCUGGCACCUAGAAGAAUCAUGGAAGCCAAGUGUUCACCUCAUGAUGAUUGGGUGUUUAACUUUCAAGAAUAUUUUACGAAUCACUAUUUCACAUCACCAUCAUAUGAUCCAUCUGUACCAAAGAAUGAGAGGUUUAUUUGUAAAACAGUCCCCUCUUAUUUUUAAUCUCCACUGAUAUUUGUUCCUCCAUCCAUUCAAAUAGUUUUCUCGGACUGUUUUGAGGAACUUGUUAGUAAGAGGGAUGAGAGCAGGUAGAAACACAGGUGGGUUUGUUGGGCCAAUACUGAACCAAUGCAAGGAAACAUAUUCGAAAUGUAACCGAUGCAUGACAGAUUAGAGUUUGCAAACCUCGAUCAGCAUUUCAGCUUAAUAUUCAGUUGUUGCUAUUGCAAGAAGCACAUGUAUUUGCAAGGGUUUGCUUUUCUCUGUUUUGAAAGUGCUCACCCUUUCAGCCUCCUGUUUCCAUUUCACCAGUUCAACCAAGAGGGAAACAAGUAAAAUUGAUCUUUAUUAUUGGCUGAUGCAGUGUCUAAAUCGUAUUACAGAAAUGGCCAAACCAUCACACAUUCAUGUUAAGGCAUCUUGGCUUCUCACGACUUUCAUGAUACUUACAUGUUUUUAAUCCGUCUAUCAGACUAACUUUUGGAGUUAAGUUUGUAUCGUACAAAUUGAGAAAACUCUAGUGAUCAUCUAAAGGUGACUUGCUUUUUGAUAUCCUACUUCAGUUUUCUCGUUAUGGCACAGUUGACGGACAACGUGCCCUCUUCUGUAUCAUCAGAAUGCUUGGCUUCAUUUGCGUGUUUGAUGCAUACCACAAACCAGAAUGGCAAGCAUUAAAUUCAGGCAACUUUCGAUAUAAAUGAUAAGCAAUGCACAUUGGAUGGGGAUAAAGUGUGUAUUGCCUGAAACCCCAAAACAGGAUAAAUUUAUUACUAUAACAGUAACAAAAGUAUGCAUAGAGUACCUUCACAAUCUACAGUUUUGACUGGAAAUGCCACAACCUAAUAAACACAGUGAGAUGUUUCAUUAUGAGGAAUCUCACCACGUUGAAUUUGACUUUUUUCUCAGAGCAGAUUGAUGCCAUUGUAGUUGAAAUGCUGUCCAGAGGUAAUUCACAUUUGGUGUUGCAUAAUAGCAAGACUUAAAGAUUUACAUGUAUGCCUCUUUUUACUGUCUUUUAUAUUUUGUCUUGUUUCAAUGUCUUGCCUUUUUUUUGUUACCCAUGCAGGGACCUGCUGCCUGUUGCAUCUCAUAGUUUGUUUCAGCUAACAUAAAAUGUAAUAUGCAAGCAUAAUGCAACAGACAAAUUUUAACAUUUGCAUCACAGUUGUUUUGAUGGUUUUGUUCUAUUGCAGCGAUAAAGGGCUUGUGACAUACAGGAGUCGAAACCAGGUCAAUACCAGUAUGGGACUGCAUAUAUUGAUUCCAGUAUUUAGGGGUCACAGGUUAAAAUAAAGGUCUGUUGUAAGACUACCCUAUCAAAAUUAAAUCCACCAACCAUUUUUAGGAACUUUAAGAUUAACUUGGAUGCCUAUACACAGCAACAGUGACACCGUACGAGUAUAUAAAAUAAAUAAUUGGGCUACCUUACUUAUCAGCAUGGCUCACUAAAAGAAAAUCUUUGAUUUGCCCAUUGGCAGUCUUUUUUUUCUUGACUGGUGGGGUGUGGAGGGGUGGUGUAUGUGUAUCAGUGUAAUUAAGUUAUUACUCUGCAGUUAAAAACAUUGUGUAUCACUAACGAGCCUUAUGUAACAUAGGAUUAAAUAUCAUAAUAUCGUAAUCAGAACUUUCAUCCCAAAAAGAUGUUGCUUGAAUAUAAGAUUGCACAGGAAUGUCUUGAACCAAAUGCCUUGUUGUGUGAGUGAAGUACCACAAAAUAAGGGCAGGACAAAAAAAAUGGCAUAACUUAAAUCAUGAGCUACGCAUAGUGACUAACAUUUUAUUACUUUCUUAUCUAUUAUACAGGCAUAUAAUGUAGUGUGAAUGAUUUAAUUUGCUGUGUAUGUAAAAGCAACAGUUGUCACUGUAAAUCUCAGAUUUGUGGUGUCACGACCACAUUAUAUUUCUAUGAAUCAUUCAACUCACCUAUUCCUAUAUUUGUAAUCAGUUAAGGUGAAGCUGAGAGGCAAUUGGGUUAUGGAGUUGAUGCAAGAUUGAACUCUUCCUUCAAGUUCAUUCCUUCCCUCCAUGGAGGCAGCAUAAGCAUAGGUGACAAUUAGAAGGAUCAUGUUACAGUUCAUAGUGCACUUCCUCCAUUGUUUAGUAAUUUAUUUAUCUUGAGCACAUAGCCUUAUUGCCUUCAGGAAUGUCAACACUUAGCUGGAUGGCUGAUAAAUGGCAAAUGGUCAUGUGCUUUAACAGUUGGUUCUAUUCACCCAUUCAUUCCUAAAUAUACCAGAUAACUAGAGAAAUGUAAAAACAACUGAGAUGUUUGAAGUUGUUUGUAAAACCAUUCUGUGUAAGCGACUUCAAAUGCUUGUAUGAAAUGGUAUUCCUCACUAUUCUUGCGUUCGCAUGCACAUGACAGCAAAGCUUUUAUGAUUGGAGCAAUUUCUAUAUGGCACAACUUGGCCUCUUUUGCACACUUUUCUACUUGUGCUACCUAGGUUACAUUUGGCGAGCUUUAAUCUUGCAUGCUUGCAAGUAAAAUACUCAGCAUGUACUUAUUUCAGAUUUUUGAUAUUUGCUACAGUUUAUAUAGAGUUUCGAUUCAGUGUAAGGGAAUGACAAUUUAAAAUCGUUCCUACUUCUUUUUCAAAGUUAAAUGUCCUUCAUUAUUAUCCUUUUGCAACACUGCAAAGCAUCUACCAUCUAAGACUAAUCUUGGAAACAGCUACUGAUAUGAUAUUUGAGCCAACACAUUUUCACUGUCGGAAAUUUCAUUAUCAUUUCCACUCUUCCCCUUUGAAAAAAAUUGCUGGAAGCUCAUCAAAAGUUGAUUGCUACCUAGCAAUCAAAUUUCCCUAAAAUGUAUUACAUUUUAGUACAAUCAUGUCCAUUGUAACCUGCUAUUGCUUGGUCUUUUUCUGACCCGUCAAUUGGCACUGCCAUCGGGUGCAGUCAGUUCAGCACCCUGAAGUGUUAUUGGAAUUUUAGCCAUUGUGACUAAAAUCUUAUGGAUUAUAAAAAAAUAGUUUAUCAGGUCUCUCUCAGUCCACCAGGCUUGUCCCUUUCUUCAAGGAAUCUGGAGGGUUAAUUAAGCAAGUUACUCUCCUGUCUUCAUUUUAAUUAAUUUUUACUAGUUUAUUAUUGCAUGAAUAAACCUCAAUGUAUUCCAUUUUAUUGAUACUCAAGUUGAUUCACAUAUAAUUACAAUGUAACUAACAUUAGGCUAUUAGAUGUAUGAACAGGAGUGAGCCACUCAGCCCUUCAUGUAUGCUUUGCCAUUCAAUGAGAUCAUGGCUGAUCGCAUAACUGCACAUUCCUGCCUUAUCUCCAUUACCUUUUCUACCCAUAUUGAUUAAAUAUCUUUUCCUCCCACACUUGAAUGUUCUUAACUUAUAAUUUAUAAUAUAACUUUUAUUCUCAACAUGUUCUUGAAUGUUGCCAGUCUCGAUAGCCUUCUGUAGUAAAGAAUUCCACACAUUCAGGACCCUCCUCAUCUUUGUCUUAAAUUGGCAACCACUUACUCUGAGACAGAGGUGCCUUCUGGUCCUAGAUUCUCCCAGAAGUGGAAGCAACGUCUCUAUAUCUACUCAGAUAUGUUCACAAUGUUUCAGUCAGGUUGUGGCUCAUACCCAGCUAUGAGAGGUGCCAGAUUUGAUAUUACAAACAAAUUGACGUAAACUGCUCUCCUUAAAGCUUCAGUCAAAACAGAAAUAAUGAUCAACGAUGGUCACCAACCGUUACUUACCUGCUGAUUCCCACAGAAUAGUGGUUGCCUUAACAUCAGUAAAAACCUUCUUAGUCUCCACAAGCUGUCUGAGACAAAGCAAUAUUUAGUCCUUGGAACUAAUUUGUUUUGAGUCCUUUUAGCCUGUCAAGACAUCCAUCUCAUUCAUGUUUUAUUGAUUUUGCUUGGUGUAAUCCUAUUUUUGGAGGGCACAUUUCGCUUUAUAAAUUAUUUGAUUUAGAAUAUUUACUACUUUGGGUAUUCCCUCAGUUAAAGACCAUUCAACUCUAUCGGGAUUUUGAACUGUUCUUAGCCUACAUUCUUACAGCAUCAAAACAAUUUAUACUGUCCACCUUUUCUUCUUCUGGGCCCAUUAUGCUCUUUUGAUCACCUUUCUAGUACAUUUCCAGUUUUUAAUCUCACUCAGUCCCAUCCCCCUUUUUGUUUGAAAGUUAACAGGCAGAUCUAUUUUGCAUUCAGCUUGUUUGCAAAUGCAGUGAGGGUCACUAUAGUUCCAUCUCAAUUUUUGGAAAUGUGCUUAUCUUACUGACUUAACAUUGUGGCUCAGUUUUCCUGGAAGUGCAAAGGGACCCCCACACAACAAAGUUACAGUGGUGGAGUGGAAGUGGUUCCAGGGAAACUCUUGAGUUUGUAGAAAAUGGAAAUUAGCUGUCAGUGAGUUUAAUCUUCAGUUAGUUAGCUUCAUGUUCAGAAAAUAAUUUCCAGCCAAGCAACUACAAUAAGAAUUAAUUGUAUGCAAUUUGCCCUUCCUUUUAUAUCUAAUCUUAAAAUCAUUUAAAUUUUGUAUUAAAAUUUCAUACUGUCAUUGAGUGGAAAUCAUCCAGACUUAAGAAUUUAGAAUGCAGUUUACAAGUUAAGAAGUGCACUCAGUUCUCAGGAACCCCUGUUAAGUUAUUGCAAAAUAUUAUUCUGGUGAAUGAAGAUAUAUUUUGUAGGUCAAAUUGCUCUGUAUUUUGUAUUACUGAAUAACAUGAUGCAGCAUGCAACUUAUAUUUGCAAAUUUUGCAAGGGAUGAUUCAUCAGCAGUUCAUUUUCAAAUUGAGAGUGCUACAAUGGUUUGCUGCUCAGCUUCAGAAACCAUUUGUUCAUCAAUCUGAGAAGUGCUAGCAUGACUUUUAUCGUGUCAUAUUCAUUUUGAUGUGUCACUUAGAAUAUGGCAUUUGAGAUAUAAUGAGAACAGUAAGAAUGCUGAUGAUCAAAAGUCUGCUGUAAUUUUAGCACUGCGAUCUGGUCUGAUUCCAUUGCUAUUUUAUCAUAUUCUUUCUCCAGACUUCAAGACAAAAAUAUUUUCCUUGACCAGACGUUAACAGUGUCAAACUUGUGUCUUGAUGAAAAUCAGAGUCCAAAAAGAAACUGUCCUGUUCCGCCAUUAUAAUCUUUCUCCCGGGAAAUGGUGGAACAGACUUGAUGGGCCAAAAGCUCUCCUUUGUACUGUAUGCAUCGACCAUUCUAUGAAAUGUGAGAGCACUAUUUUAUGAGGCUUCUUAAUCAGUUACAACUUGCAAAUCAGUCACCAGGUUUAAAAUGCUACACCUGGAGAGGAGCAAACUUUUUUUUUGUCUGUGUAUAACCUGAAGCAUAAAAAAGACACAAACCACUUGGUAAAUUUGCUUGGGCCUGUACUGUAAUAUUUACGAAAUGCUAUGUUUAAUUUUGUAAGAUUUACAUGUACAAAUUGUAAUGACUGUAUAAUACAGAUUUGGAUAUGAGAAUUUUCAUUAAUAAAUAAUUGUACGCACAUCAAU